UCAACAGAUGGCCGACCUGUGAGAGACCAGAGUCCAAAUGGGCGCAGUCAGAGAGUUGUGUGGCUGGUGUGUGGUGCAUGGAUUAGUGAAAUCGCCAUGCUCCAGGAAACUGGCUUUGGAGAGGUUUUCGUGUGCUGAAUCAGCCUCAGGCAGGCGUGGAGUCUAUGGAGUAAGCUGCCUGGGAGUUCCCAUCAUGUGGCGCUGGUCAUCGACAAACAGUGAUAUCCAUGGACAGUACUAUGACCUUCUCCGCCUGUUUGAGUACGGAGGGUUCCCUCCGGAGAGUAACUACCUCUUUCUGGGGGACUAUGUUGAUCGAGGCAAGCAGUCGCUGGAGACCAUCUGCUUGUUGCUGGCCUACAAGAUCAAAUACCCCGAGAACUUCUUCCUACUGCGAGGGAACCACGAGUGUGCCAGCAUCAACCGCAUCUACGGCUUCUACGAUGAGUGUAAAAGGCGUUACAACAUCAAACUGUGGAAGACCUUCACUGACUGUUUUAACUGCCUGCCAAUUGCAGCGAUAGUGGAUGAGAAAAUAUUCUGCUGUCAUGGAGGGCUGUCCCCGGAUUUGCAGUCAAUGGAGCAGAUCCGUCGUAUCAUGAGGCCGACAGACGUUCCCGACCAGGGAUUGCUGUGUGAUUUGCUGUGGUCUGACCCAGAUAAAGAUGUUCAGGGUUGGGGGGAGAAUGACCGCGGUGUCUCCUUCACCUUUGGGGCAGAGGUCGUCGCCAAGUUCCUGCACAAACACGACCUGGACCUGAUCUGUCGCGCCCACCAGAUCCGCAGUUCUUUGUCUUAUUCAUCUGACUGGGUCUGGGGUGGUUAG